CGUCAUGCAAACAUCAGCUUUAAGCUUCUGAGCAUGCGCGUCCCCAGCUCCUUCAAUUUGUGCGGUCUGAGGAACACCAGUGAACGAUGACAAAGAUGCUGCAUGUGUUUCUGGUCCUGGCUCUGCUCGCUCUGGGCUCAGGAGAAGAAGGAGCCCGUCUGCUGGCCUCGAAAUCCCUGCUGAACCGCUAUGCUGUGGAGGGCCGUGACCUCACCCUGCAGUACAACAUCUACAACGUGGGCUCCAGUGCUGCUCUGGAGGUGGAGCUGUCAGAUGAUUCCUUUCCCCCUGAAGACUUUGGAAUCGUUUCAGGAAUGUUGAAUGUCAAAUGGGACAGGAUUGCACCAGCCAGCAAUGUCUCUCACACCGUGGUGCUGCGCCCCCUGAAGGCCGGUUACUUCAACUUCACCUCUGCUUCUGUCAGCUACCUGGCCCAGGAGGGAGGACAAGUCGUGGUUGGCUACACUAGCGCCCCCGGCCAAGGAGGCAUCCUGGCUCAGAGGGAGUUCGACCGGCGCUUCUCCCCACACUAUCUGGACUGGGCUGCGUUUGGCGUAAUGACCCUGCCCUCCAUCGGCAUCCCUCUGCUCCUCUGGUACUCCAGCAAGAGGAAGUACGACUCACCAAAGGCCAAGAAGAACUGAGAAGCCACUGCUGAGUUUAGGUGUGGGGCUGGGGUGGUGGUGGAAUUCGAAGGGUUCAAUGGGCACAGGAUCUCUGAAUAGCUUAAUAACCCAUAUUGGGGGUGAAAGUCGACAGAAAAGUACAGUGACCAAGGAGCCUGAUUUGUAAUUUGAUUAAAGAAGAUUAAGAGAACUCUGGAUCAGGAGGUAGCAGCAGAAGCAACAUGAGCAACUGAGCUCUCUGUUCUCAUCUUCUGCUGCUACUCAUUCCUUCAUAUUUGCAGAUGGGUUCAUGUGAUAGAUUACAUUACAAUUACAAUAGCAGUUACUACUGUAACAGGGUUUUGUAUUUUGGUAAUUGUGUGUAUGUAAUGAACUGAUUUCAGAUUUGAAGUUUACAGCCAGUUGACAAACUUCAAAAUAAAUUAAUAAAAACAAUCUGGGUUUUUCUAAAA